AUGCUCAUCCGUCUAGUAAUUGCUGCCAGUAUAUUGAUGCUGGUUGGAGGAGUGCCACCAAAAACAGGCGCAGGAAUAACUCCCAUACCAUUUGAUAAGAUCAAUCCACGAGCCAAUGAGUUUCGACGACUGGACACUGAUGGAGACGAGCAGAUAUCGUUCACGGAGUUCAUUCUCGGCGACCAUCAUUAUAUUGAGAGACAGUCGGCUGCUUUCCACAAACUUGAUGAGGAUGGAGACGGUGUGGUAUCGCGUGGUGAAUACGACGCCUACUACAAGCGCAUUGACGAUGAGCGUAGACGCAACGACAUGGAGCGUGAACGCUUUUUUGAAGGCCUUGUAGGUUUCCAUCAAGAUCCAGUGAUUCCGCUCUUCAGAAUUGGAGGUCAGGGUCCCAACUAUCGUGACAGUCCUCGUAGGCGGCAUGGUGAUUUCAUUAAUGACUCUCCUCGCCAGCGGUCGUUUUUACACCUUUUCGAAGAGAUUUGGAUCGAGUACGUUAUGAGCGCUCACCCUUUCUUGCCGGCUUUUUACCAUCGUCGCACCACUUUGUGA